UCUUUCAAAUACAAUUCCUAUUGCAAAAUUAUAUUAUUUUAUAACUAUAUAAAUAUUUAUUACUUAUUUUAAAUAAUCAAUUUAGAAUAUUUUUUUUGGUAUCCAAUCAAACAUCAUUCUAUAUCGAGUCAAGCACCUGUCAUGUAAAUAUUUGUUAAUUAGAUUUUUAACAAUCUUUAGAUUACAAGUAAUAGAAAAUAAAUGUCUGAAAAUUUAAAACGCUAAAAAAAAUAAAAAAAUCGUCGACGGCGCCGGCGGCCAUGGCGGCGACAGUAAAAGUAGCAAAACCAAUUCUCUGUACUUGUCAUCUCCAGCUCCGAUAUGCCACCCAUUCUCCGGCGACUAACCGACCACACGAACUCGCUGAUAAAAUUUGCCGUCUUUUGAUUCUCCGGCGUUAUGCAGCGGUAGACAGUCUCAAAUUCGAUUUCUCCAACAAUCUUGUCGACUCUGUUCUUGUAAAACUCAAACUUCAUCCUGAUGCUUCAUUGCAUUUCUUCAAAUUAGCUUCAGGGCGACAAUUUUUUAGACCCCAUGUAGUAUCUUACUGCAGGAUAGUUCAUAUACUAUCCAGAGGGAGAAUGUUCGAUGAAGCUAGGUUUUAUUUAUCGGAGCUUCUAGAACUUUCUAGAAAUAAGAAACCUGUGUCGUUUUUUUGGGACGAAUUAGUGACAGUAUACAGAGAGUUCAAGUUUUCUCCUACAGUUUUUGAUAUGGUUUUGAAAAUCUAUGCGAAAAAGGGGUUGGUCAAGAAUGCAUUGUACGUGUUUGAUAAUAUGCCUAAGUGUGGUCGUGUGCCUAGUUUGGGUUCUUGUAAUAGUUUGUUGAAUAGUUUGGUGAAAAAAGGUGAUUUUUUUACUGUGUUUUCUGUAUAUGAUCAGAUGAUAAAGAUGGGGUUCUCUCCUGAUAUAUAUACUUGUACCAUAAUGGUUAAUGCGUAUUGUAAGGAUGGGAAGAUUGACAAAGCUGAAAUUUUUGUUGAAGAAAUUGAGAAGAUGGGUUUAGAGUUGAGUAUUGCUACUUAUCAUAGUUUGAUUAAUGGGUAUGUGGAGAAAAAGGAUCUUAAGGGUGUCGAAAGAGUGUUGAGGGUGAUAGAUAAAAGAGGAAUUUCAAGAAAUAUAGUUACGUUCACGUUAUUGAUUAAGGUUUAUUGCAGGCUGUGUAAGAUGGAAGAAGCAGAGAAAGUGUUCAGAGAAAUGAAGGAGGUGGAUGAGCAGGUGUAUGUCGUGUUAAUUGAUGGGUUUUGUCAGAUGGGGAAAAUGGAUGAUGCGCUUAGGAUCCAGGAUGAGUUGCUGAGAUCAGGGUUUAACAUGAAUCUGUUUAUCUGUAAUUCCUUGAUAAAUGGAUACUGCAAAGCUGGUAAAAUAAGCAAUGCCGAACAGGUUGUUAGGAGCAUGAUCGACUGGACUCUUCAACCUGAUUCUUAUAGUUAUCAUACCCUUUUAGAUGGUUAUUGUAGGGAAGGACUGAUGCAAAAUGCAUUCAACCUCUGUGAUGAGAUGAUUCAAAGUGGUAUCAAUCCAACAGUUGUCACUUACAACACUCUGCUAAAAGGAUUAAGUCGAGAAGGGGCCAUUGCUGAUGCUUUGCAUCUUUGGAAUUUGAUGCUUAAAAGAGGUGUUAUUCCUGAUGCAGUUGGAUAUAGUACUCUCUUAGAUUUAUUUCUUAACAUGGGAGAAUUUGAAAAGGCUUUGGUCUUGUGGAAACAUAUUCUAGCAAGAGGGCACCACACCAAAAGCAGGAUUCUUCUAAAUACAAUGCUCAAAGGGUUCUGUAAGAUGGGGAAAAUGGUUGAAGCCGAGCUCCUUUUUAACAAAAUGGAGGAGUUUGGCUGUUCUCCGGAUGGAGUAACUUAUAGGACCCUAAGUGAUGGGUAUUGUAAAGCAGGAGAGAUUGAAAAGGCUUUAAAAUUAAAGGAUGUCAUGGAACUGCAGAAUAUUCCUGCUUCGGUUGAAAAUUUUAAUUCACUUAUUAGUGGACUUAUAAAGGCUGGAAUGUUUAGCAAAGUCAAAGAUCUUCUUAGUGAAAUGCAUGAUAGGGAAUUAGCCCCUAAUGUUGUUACAUAUGGAGCCCUUAUUGCUGGUUGGUUUAAAGAAGGAUUGCCUGAGAAAGUUUUUAAAACAUAUUUUGAUAUGAGAGAGAACGGAUUGAAUCCAAAUGUCAUAAUAGUUAGCUCUAUUGUUAAUGGAUUAUACAAACUUGGUAGAACAGAUGAUGCUAAUAUGCUCCUGCAGAAAAUACUGGAUGUAAAGUUGUAUCCCGACCUGAAACACAUUUACGGUUUCUCAAACGUUAAGACAGGGCUGCCUGAUACACAGAAAAUUGCAGAUUCCCUUGAUGGAAAUGCAACAAAAUGUGUUGUCCCCAACAAUGUCCUGUAUAAUAUUGUUGUUGCAGGGUUAUGCAAAUUGGGGAAGAUCGAUGAUGCAAGAGAUGUUAUGAACCACUUCUCACUAAAAGGUUUUACUCCCGAUGAGUUUACCUACUGCACCUUGGUCCAUGGCAUGUCAUCGGUUGGUAAAGUUAAUGAAGCUUUCAAUUUGCGUGAUGAGAUGAUAACAAAGGAUCUUGUUCCAAACAUUGCAGUAUACAAUGCUCUAAUAAACGGCCUUUGUAAAGCAGGGAACAUUGAACGAGCAUUGAGUCUUUUCAAUAAGCUUCAUUCGAAAGGGUUAUCUCCCAAUGUUAUAACUUUUAACACUCUGAUAGAUGGAUACUAUAAGAUUGGUAAAACUAGUAAAGCCGUGCAACUUCUGAAGAGAAUGACAGAAGAAGAAAACCUUUUGUCAUAACUUAUUCAAUUCUGAUUCCAACAAACGCAGCUGGGCUUAUUGAAUACAGUGCACAUCCAUUUUGGUCCCAGAAGUAUUGUCCUUUUCAUGAUGGAACACCCAGUUACUGAGCUGUGAGCGAAUGGAGGUGAGGUGGAUGAAACAGAACAAGAUUUGUUCUGUAAUUUAGGUUUAAGCAGCACGUACAUGUUCCUGACUGGGUCAAUCCUUGCGCAUGAGAUGAUGCAUGCAUGGCUUCGACUAAGAGGUUACCGAACACUUAGCCAAGACGUUGAAGAAGACAUUUGCCGGUAGUAGCACAUAUGUGAUUCGAAACCCAAAUUGAAUCCAUUUCAAGCAGCAAUGGUGCUUCAAUCUCAUCAGGUGUGUCAUCAUCAUCAAAGCAGGGAUUGGAUCUCCUUUCGAGAGGAGAUUCGGGGAUUCCUUUAAACACCAGAAUGAAUCAGACACCUCACCAAUUUAUGGAUACGGAUUUAGAGCUGGUAACCAGGCAGUGCUUAAAUAUGGACUGGAAAGGAUGUUGGAUCAUACUCGGAUGACAGGAACCUUUCCAAAUUGAGCACAAGCUUCAAGGCUGUUAAACCAGGAUAAUGCAAAACUAAACCGGUAACAACGUGAAGGUGAAGUGCAGAAGGAGCAGUUGUUUUCCAAGGUUUCUGGAUCUCUUUCGAGCACAUAAGUAAGCAGGCGCAGUACACCAAUUUCAUCGGUUUUAUAAAGCUCUGCGAAAAGAGGAGGUCGGGCGUAUACCCUGCCCCAUAUGUGAUAAUCUUCAGAGUGUAAGUAGAUGUAACUUUGCCAUCAAUAAACAUGAAGUUGCAAUCUUCAGUUGACUUUCAUUUCUCAUUGUAUAUGUUCUCAUAAGUUCAAUAAGCAUAUGACAUUCUAUAUAACAUAAAUUCAACACUGGAUUCAGGAGAAGUGAAGGAACAAAAAAGACCAUUGGACAAUUUUGGUACUCCA